GAAGUAGAAGGACCACCUGAAGACGUUGAAAGUUCUGAUGAUGAAGAAAUUUGUGAAGACAUAGACAAGCCGAAAAUUCCUAAGAAACAAUUCCCUUGGACUGCAGAAGCAAAAAAACUUGUAUCUGAAAUUGCAAGUAUAAAAAAUCAUUGUUACAAUGUUUUAAGACCAAGGAAAACAAGUAGCUACACUUAUGUUGGAAACUUUAUGGUUCGUCAAGUUUUGCCAUUGUGGCCACAUGGCUACAUGACAGCAGAAGCUUUACUAAAGUUUGUUCAUGAAGUUGAACCUACGACAAAAAAGAAAACGAAAAAACUGAAAGAAGUUGGUAAUGGUAAUACUAAUUCUUCAGAGAAUGUGAUUUACAGUUCUGUAAGAAUUGACUCAACAAGUAUAGGUACUGUUGCAUCACAAGAAAAGGUCUCAGCGAAUGCAUCUAAAAUUCAAAAUGCAACAGAAAAUUCUAUUAGUUAUAUAAAACAAGGAACUACAAAAUCAAGUGAUAAUAUAGAAAAAAAGCAACAUAGUAUAAAAAAUAAAGAUAGGAAUAAAGAUAUUAGUAAUUCAGGACAGUAUCAUGAAAAUUCAACAAUUGCAGCUAAUAAUUCCAGUGUAGGUAAAAUUUCUGUUGUGCCUACGGCUCAGCUAAUGGCUCAAAAACCAGUUAAAAGUCACGUAGAAAAGAUUAAUUUUAUGGAUCUAGUUAAUAGUUCUCUUUCUAUUACACCGGUUAAUGAUUUUCACAAGUCAUCUAUGAAGAUAAGUGAAAAUAAAAAGGAUGUAGUUUCUAUUACUGCUUAUCCUGAAACUUCAAAUGUUCUUCCAAAUAUAAAUGAAGUGCCUCAAAGUGGACAUCAUUCCGUGCACAGACAGGAAGCUUCAUACUCAUGUACACAAUCACAACAGUCUAACUGUUCCGCAUUGGGUCAAGCACCUUCACUUUCUAAAGCUUUAAAACACAGACUGCUACAUGAGAACACAGACGUAAAAAAUGAUAAAAAAUUAGAAGAUAAAGAUAUUGAUUUGGCUAAUAAGACUGAGAAGAAGGAUAAAAAGCGAGAGCGAUGUGCGGAAGGUAAACACAAGUCGCAUGAUGUUAAAAAGAAGAAAAAGGAUCAAAAAGUAUUAGAUAAACAAGUAGGAUAUGUUAAUUCGGAUGUAGUGCCUAUACAGCAACAGCAGCAACAACCAUCACUUACGAAAGAAGAACAGGAACAGAGACAAAAUGAAGAAACAAUUGCUGCUACUAAUUAUUUAAGUCAAAUUUUUAAUGACGAUACAUCAUCAAGAGGGAUAUCAGACAAACGAAAAGACACUGGACUUAUUUUGGAUGAUCCAGUAGGCAAUGCAGUGCAACCAACGGAGCAAGAGAAGGAUGUUCAAAUGGUGAUGAGGUCGUUAAAAGAAUUGCAAGAAUUACAAGAAAUGAAGUAUUCACCAAGUAAUUCACCAAUUAGUAGUAAUAUACAAAAACUUAAUAAGUCGAAUACACAAUGUGCUACUUAUCAAGAUGAAUAUUCACGCUUAUAUCUAAAAAAAGACGUUAAACUAAAGUCUAAAGAGGAAUCACAAUGG